AUGGCAGCACACGGAGGCUUGGCUGGUCCAGAUGAGGUCAGUUAUGAUCCCAGUAUUUUCGAGGAAAAGUAUCGAGCGCAGAAUUGGAGGUUCUCUCGAUACCGACAAUGGGGCUACGGAGAACCUAGCCCCCAGGAAUUUGCCCGAAACAGGGCGAGGUGGUUGGCACACCCAUUUCCAAGAGGAGGUUCACCUCAGCUCCGAGAAGGAACCUUUCCGUCAUAUUAUGAGAAUCCUUACAUUAUUGAGGGAGUUAGGGAACUUAACGAACGGGCACGAACAAGACUCGAGCAGGCCAAAAACUAUUUUCUCCAGCAGGGAAGAUUCGAUUAUAUAAGACACCUAGGCUAUGGUGGUUUGGGACUAACUGCUCAAUUCAAGUGGCGGGGUGCAGAAGUUGGGCGUGAGGACCGAGAUAUCGUAUUGAAAAUAGGCCUUAAGGGAUGGAUUAGUUUGGAUAUCCGUCAAGAAGAGGAAAUGAUGAGGCACACGUCUCGAGCGGCCCACACUAUCCAGGCCAUCGACCCCGUAGAGAUAGGAAUGCCUCCAAAAACAAAAUUUGAAUUAGCGGAGGUACCCCGAUUUGAUUCAAGUUCUGAGGGAGAAUCCAGCGGCGAUGAGAGCCCUAGUGACACACCUCCAGAGGAACCCUCUCGGAGGUGGCGAAUGGAAAACGAGCCCGAACAGAUGCUAGAGAAAUUCAGACUACACGAAGAGAGACGGGCUAGAAGGCGCGGUGAAAUCGAAACCUGGGAACAUAACUUUAGGGUAGUAUCUAAAGUGAUAGGGCAAGGGAAAAAAGUCGAUCCUGAAUUUAUCAGGUCGUGGCGCCUAGAUUAUAAGGAUUUCCUCCUUCUCGAGUUUAUGCAACUUGGUGAUCUUGCUCACGCUAUUUCUAAAAUACACCGAAUGUCCGCGGGGAUUCCUAACCGUGUUCUUUGGUCAUUCUGGAAUUGUCUGGUUAAAGCCUGUAUCGCUAUGGAGUAUCCCCCACGGAAAUUCCACCCUAGGCGCCGUGGGAGACCCCAGGAUCAUGCAGAUGAGGCCGAGAUUGAUGAUCUAGCAAGGAGAAAAGAACUUGGCGAAGAUGUUGUCGUAGGGAAAACCUUGGGCAAUGAUCUUUUCGAAGAAAUCCCUGUCGAGAAACGCAGAUGGGCUCGCAAGAAUUUGGUCCAUUUCGAUAUUGAUCCCAGCAAUAUAUUCAUCGCCCCUCCUGACUUCGGUGCCAGAGACGGCGAGCAUGAUUUAAUCCCUAGAUUGAAGCUUGCAGACUUUGGAUGUGCCCGCGUUAUAAAGCAAAACAAGAAGAACGUAUAUUACCUCGAGAGACGUCGAAUGGCCAAACAAGGAUACUUUGCCCCUGAACAAUUCGGUGUGGAAUGGGAACAUCUCGCACCUACGGAUCCUAAUGGUUGGGAGCUUUCCGAACAACCGGUUGCUGGUAACUACUCGUCGGCGACGAACGUGUGGGGAAUUGCAUGGAGUAUGUGGCAGCUCAUCACGGGGUGCAGGGUGCCAGAUGCACCUCAAAGGCAACCACCAAUGACACAAAACCCGGUUGAGCCGCUCCAUUAUUGUCCGGUAAUACUCAACGACUUCGACUUCGGAAAUAUUGAUAGGGAACUUCGAACAACGAUUGCAGCAUGUAUGAGACAUGACCCCCAAGAUCGUCCGACCCUGCUAGAGUUGUCACGCCAGGCGGGGUUCGGCACGAAAAAGAUGUUUCCAGGCGAGCAUGACGACGCAAUCGAGGCUUGGGUAUUGAGAAUAUUCUUUCAGCCUGAAACAUCGGGUGAUGACGAGUAUUCGGAUAGUAUAUAUUCCGCAUCGCCUGAGGGAGGGGGUGAUGAGAUGGACAUGGAUUGA